GUCGUGAAGACCUCCGUAGCUUCAAAAUCUCGAUAUAAAUCUUGAGCUUGCGAGAGGAAGCUGUUUAUAAGAUUUUGCGCAAAGCUGUAGACGAAGCCCUGACAAGUCAAGACUCUACAAGGUAGGGACAAAAAGUGUGGUUGUCAUGGCUAAACACUAUCACGUGAGGCUGUUGUUGUUGUCCUUUAUGAUUUUGCUUUUGCGCGUCGAGGUGCAGGCCAAUUCAUCAUGCCAAGCCGACCAGAUUAUGAUCAAGGAUCCAAUAACUGGUUCGAUUCAGUGCCAGGAUUGUUUGAAAUGCCCGCCUGGCGAGGGUCUCUCGGUCAAUUGCGGAGAUGUGAUAACCCCUUCAACACCAGUGCAGUGCAAGCCAUGUGUGCUGGGAGAGACGUAUUCUGCUUCCUUCAAUACCGGAGCUUGUGAAGACUGUGCAAAUUGUGGUGUGUACCGCGAAACCACGAAAGCCUGUACGGUGACUUCCAAGGCCAGGUGUGGAAGGUGUAAGCCUAGUGCGUAUGCUGAGGGCAUGUUGGGACUGUGCAGGCCGUGCUCUCCGUGCUGUAAUGAUGGUAACGAUAUCAUUAUACCUGAGUGUCAAGUUGCAGGUGUACCAACAGGUAUGCAGUGCAGCUACCUACGAUCUGACAAGUGCAGCGCAUUGGUGACUUCAAGUACGAGCACAACCCCGUCGACCCCUCCACCAGAUCAGUCCACGACCCCAUGGUGGCCAUCCCCUUCUACAACCAGCACGACAGAAACCUCUCCUUCAAGUGAGCCAGUCGUCAUCCUGAAUGAAGACGCUUCCCCAAAUGUGGGCCUCAUAGCUGGUUCUGUUGUGGGCGGUCUCUCUCUUGUCAUCCCGAUCCUCGUCAUCGCGUACUACAAAGUUAUGCGUAAACGCUGGAAGGCCUUUUCGAUGAGAAUUGGUGUGGAUAAGGUGGAAAACGGAGCGGGUCAGGCGCAAAAUCGCGAACAAGGAAAUGAUCAAGAGGUCAAUCGGGAUCAAACAGAGGACAGAGUCGCUCUGCCGCCCGGAGAUCUGUAUCAAGAGAGCUUACUUCCACAUCCCACUCAGGAGGAAGCUGGUGAUAACAGUCCUGAUAAAUUAGGAGUACAGGAGACCAAGUCUAGGCCUCCAUCAUGCAAGAGCAGUUUAGAUUCUGAACUUUACGGUUCUGUGAAGAAGUAUACUGAUUCAUCUAAAGUGCAAGGACACAGUCCCCUCAGUGUUGUGAGCAGGAAGACCACUGUUACGAUGAUCGAGGUCACUGAUGAGAGGGUCACUUCGGUUUGAUGAGAGCCAUCAGCUCUUUUGAAUUAUAAAAUAGCCCGAUAAUUUAUGCCCUGUGGUCUUUUUUUUAGUGACAGAGAGAUCGGGACUUUUUUUGCUACCUAAAGACAAGUUGUUUCGAAUCGUUUCAAAACUUCUACAAUCUCCAUUUCACUCUUGUUCCAUGAUUCUUUGUUCUCUUGAUUGUGACUGAUUACGCUUCCUCAAGAUCAUCAGCUUUAAGCAUAUUUUCUUGGUAGCCAGAGACCGAUGAGUAAUUUUAGUGGUGCUUUGUAGAGAAAAGGAAAUGAGUUUGAGCAAACUUUUUGGGAUUAGUUUAUUUGAUUUGCCAUCAAAUAAGGACAAAGGAACAUUAUAGCAACCAUUUGCCAUGAUCCGUACUUACGAAUGCUGUGGUAACGUCAAACAUCUAGUUUUGUAACUAUAGAACAAACCAAGAAACCUAAACAAACGCAGUCCCUCUGUGUAGUACUAUGGUAAUCAGUCAGCUAACACCCGAUUUGGAAUUUUGAUGAUGAUAAAUUAAAAUUUAUUACUUUUCAUUA